UUGGUUUUCUUCGUGUGGUCACCACGCUCUGUAAGCAACAAGAUUCUAUCGCGGCCCUAGUUUAGUUUCACUUUCAGUUAAGGAGUCGGAUCAUGAUCCUCACGCCUCCUAGAUUCUAUUUCAAUUUCUGUAGUCGUAGUUGUCCGGCACACGAGGCACAAAUGAUGAGUAGCAGAUUUGCGCAGUAGUGGUAGGCGUCUAUAAUUUACUUUUUCACAACCAUUCUCUCUGUUUGUUGCUAUUCACGAGCAUCUUCACCUAGACAGUACAUUGGUAUACGACAAAAAAAAUUUUUGUUCACCGACUAUGGCAGCCCCAGCAGCAGCUCCCGGCUUUCCCGUUGGGAUGAAGGUCGCCAAGGCCUUUACGGGCGACUUGGACGACAAAAUAGUCGGGAUCGACGUGUCCCGCGACCUGGUUCUCUGCUAUUCGGAGAGGCAAAUCGCCAUCUACGAUGUGACGGAGAGCAAGUUGAAACGCAAAAUCGACCUGGCAGCGGAGAACCCGCCGAAAAUAAAAGCUGGCUCGAAGACAUCAUCCGAUGUCGCAAUGACCGAUGGUGCACCAUCAAAUGACGAAGAUUCUGAGGACAAUAUCGACGAAAGCAUCCAGGUCAGCCGGAAAAACACCGAGCAGCGGAUUGUUCAAGUGACUAUCAAGCAGACCGACCCGAGCUACGCUUUUUUACUGACAAAAACGGUGAAGAAGAGCGAGGAGGUCGGGAGAAACCCAAAUCAGCACGGGGGUGGACAAGUUUUAGCCACCUGUAGUUCUAGCUCAUCAAAUACUGGACAGGACAGGGACGUCGAGAUGACCGAUGCAAACAAGGCUUCUACAGGACAUCCGACGGCAUCCUCAUCCACAAAGGGCGGCUCCUCCUCCUCGACUUGCCCUCCGCGGAUGCAAGCGGACCGCCUGCAACUGCGGGAUCUGUUCCAGGACCAGCUCAUGUUCCAGAUCACCAUGCGACCAGAGAUGCGGGAAAGCAUAAACUUUCUCGCCCUGCACCCGAAUCAAGACACGCUGUUGCUGGGUACUGAUUCGUUCUUCAGUUGUAUCAUGAAUUAAGUGUUGAACGAUAGAAGCGGUUCAUCUCAUGCUCUCGAUGUUGACUCUGACGAUCUUCAUCUUUGCUACAGAUACAGACCAGAUAACUUUGCCACGGGCUCUACUUUUCGCGGCCCCUUGUUACCCUUGAAGAGUCACGUAUACUGUGCAUUGUAACAUCAAAAAAAAAAUCAAUGUCAAAUUUACAAUCUACUUCCACGCAGGCACGACGGGCGACAUAUCCUUGUGGGAUUACUCAAGCUACUUCAAGAAGAAGCCCGGAGGUGUCGUGGUUAACACAACAGCAGCAACCGCGGACAAAGACAAAGACAAAGAGCUCAACUGCCUCGGCCGUUUGAGUAACAUUGGGGACGUCACGUGCGGGGCUUUCGACUCACAAGGAAUGGUCUUCGGCCUGUGCAACGGGAAGAAGUACAGAAUAUUUAUUAACCACCUCGAUACUAGGGAAGAACUUUUAUUUCCUUUGCGUCUAUUACUUGUUCGUUUGUUGUACUAUCGCCUGAGCAUGGUCCUGGUCUGCCCCACACAUCCAUGUUGCUUUUCAGUGAACCAACUGCACAAAUGAACCACGAAAACAGGAGUAUCCACCUCUUCGACUCGAAGACAUUUCUGAAAGGGAGCUUUCUCACGUUCGAUCUCGCCGAACCCUGCUUGCACUUGGAGUUCUCGCCCUGCGGAAAAUAUGUGCUGUGCAACGCAACGUAAAUGCUAUAGCUUUUUCGCUUUUGCUGUGCCUACUUCGGGGAUGUUGUCCAUUUGCGAAUACUGGUUCUAGGUAAUUUAUGUAAAUUUAUGAAGUUGCAGCUACUUUCCUUCGUCAAGGUAAAAGAGAUGAAACGAUUGGUAAGGCAAGCAUGGCAAUCGCAAUCUUCUUCAAACCACUACAGGCACCUUCUUGACGCCUAUGACGGAGACCCGAUUGUGACGUACAAAAUUCCGAAAGCGGCGGACCAAGCGGGAGCAAGGACGUCUACAACUACAACUCCCACCAUCCCGCACUCCGCCGGUUUCUUCAGUCCCGACAGCGCCUUUGUCCUUCACCGCCACGAUGGGAGUGUCUCUUUGUACUCCACGACGAAUGGGGACAUAGAGCGCAUCAUCAACGGCUUCGACACGGGUCUGCCCGUGCACGCAAUGUGGAACCCGGGGAGGCCCAUGAUCGUCACCAGCUCGGGGAACAGUAUGCACUGGUGGGUCUGAUACUGAAUAUAGAGUACUGAAGGAAGCGCAAAAAAUGUUCCAGCGGCAGUUAAUAGGCGUUUGAAGUAGAAGAAGUAUUAAUCGCGGUGAGCUUCUUAUACGAAAGAUGGCCUGUCUCUGAGGCUAAAACAUAUAUGGCAUGAUUGUGCGAAUGCGAUUGAUUAGCAUGAGGUGGUCAACAAUUACCAAGACGCGGACUCAGAAUCUCAAGAAUGGACGGCACAAUGUCAAUUACAAGUUCAUUCACGGCGACAGAACACUACGACAGAGAUACUUUCACCAAAAACAGAUGGCAUCAAUCCUCGUUUGUGGACGAGAGAGAUGCCCUUGCGA